UCUGCGAAAAGUGAGAUCUGGGAUCGAAAAACUGAAAUAAGGUUGGCGUGCGGACCGUGUAUCGUGCAAGAAAAUAGUGCAAUUUGGCUAGACGAUAGACAAUACGGUUAAGUGCCCGACCCGACGGCAACAGCUAGGCCAGGAAGAAGGAAAAUGGAACCACCGACUGCCGAGGCGGUUCUGCAAGGCGUUUUCACACUGUACAACGAUCCAAACAAUGUGGAAAAGGAGAAAGCAUCGAAGUGGCUCGAAGAAUUUCAGAAGUCGAUCCAUUCCUGGAAGAUUGCUGACGAGCUGUUGCAGCAGAAACAUGACCUUAACUCCUGCACAUUCGCUGCGCAGACGAUGCGAAACAAGAUACAGAACAGCUUCCACGAGCUGCCGGUAACCGCUCACGAAUCCCUCCGGCAGUCACUACUGGAACACAUUAGCCACAUAACGCUGGAAACAAAGUCCGUGAUCGUAACGCAGCUGUCGCUGGCACUGGCCGAUCUAGCGCUAUUGAUGUCCACCUGGCGUAAACCGGUCGCCACACUUCUCGAGCGUUUCUCGCCCAACCCAAACAUGAUGUACGCGCUGAUCGAGCUCCUCACGCUCAUCCCGGAGGAAGUGAACUCGCGGCACCUCCGUCUCGGCGAGAACCGACGGAAAGAGUUUCUGCUCGAGCUGGAAUCGGACUCGACGCUCGUUGCCGAAUACCUGACCGUGUGCCUAAUGAACUGCAAGGAGAGCGAGCUGCUGAUCGGCAAGAUCCUCAAGUGCUUCACGUCCUGGGUGCAAAUAAACGCAUUUAAACUGCCAGAAAUAUGCGACAGCAUGAUCAUAGUGUACUGUUUCCAGUUGCUCAGCAACGCCAACACCAGUUCCGAUUUGCACGAGUUUGCCGUGGAUUGUCUCUGUUCGCUGCUAAACCUGCUGGAGAUGAACAAAACGGGCAGUGACCUGGACGAGAAGCUGUUCAACGGGAUCCUAUGCCUGGAGGAGGCGUAUAAUGCGUCCGUGACGCACGAGGACCUGGAAAAGUCGAUGAACUUCUGCCGGCUGUUCACGGUGCUGGUCGAGAGUAAUCUGGUGCGGAUGGUGGCAUUCUCGGAGAAGGAAACGCCACACCACACGGUCAAGUCGCUCGACCUGGUGCUGAACUGCGUCGGGCACUACGACUACGAGGUGGCCGAAAUUACCUUCAACAUGUGGUUCCGGCUGAGCGAAGAUCUGUACCAGCGCAACAAUUACAUGCUUACGGCGCACUUCAAGCCGUACGUGGAACGACUGAUAGCGGCCCUGUACAAGCAUUCGCAGCUCGAUCCGGACCACGAUGGGCUGGUGGAGGAAGGUGGAUCGUUCCAGGAUUUCCGUGACAGAGUUUCGGAAAUUAUCAAAGACGUCAUAUUUAUUGUCAGCUCGAUCAGCUGUUUUAAGCAAAUGUUUUUAGUCCUUCAGAAUCCCAACGUGACGUGGGAAUCGAGCGAGGCAGCGUUGUUUAUUAUGCAGAACGUAGCCCGAAAUAUCCUGCCAGAGAUUAUGGAAUUGGGAGAGCGUGAUGAUAUACCAACGUCGAGGUUCAACCAGCUUUGUGAGGAGAGUGAGGUGGUACCGAAGGUGGUCGAAGCGAUCCUCAACCUGCCGGAGAACUGCCACAUCGCGAUACGUUACACUUCGAUCAACAUCCUCGGCGAGCUGUGCGAUUGGAUCGACUCGAACCCGGAAACGUUGCAACCGGUGCUGAACUUCCUGCUAUUUGCGCUCCAGCAGAAGAACGGCCUCGCGACGGCCGCCGCCAACUCGCUGCAAUCGAUCUGUUCCGCCUGCAAGAAGCACAUGCUCGGUCACAUCAGUGGCCUGAUGGAGAUAGCGCGCUGCCUCGACAGUUUCGAAAUUCAGUACGAAUCGGCGAUCGGCCUACUGAAGGGCAUCUCGAUCAUCAUCGGCCGAUUACCCGGUCCCCAGCUAACGCCGGCCAUGCAGGAGCUGUGCGCGUUCCAGGUGGAGGCACUCAGUCGGAUAACGAACGGCGAUGAUGAUGGGCUGAACGUCAAGAAAACCCGCUCCGAUCCGGGCUUCUGGCUCGACCGGUUAGCGGCGAUCUACCGGCACGUCACGCCACCCCCACCCCCGCACCAGGCGAACACGUCCGAGGUUAAUCCCUGCGCGUUUGUGAUCAUCAAUAACUGGAACGUGUUGUCGCGGGCCCUCGAGCGGUACAAGAAUGACUCGAAAAUCAUGGAGCGCAUCGUGCGCUGCAUCCGGUACGCCAUACGGUGUAUCGGCAAGCAGGCAAUGCCAAUCCUCGAGCCGCUGGUCAAGCAGAUCAUUACAAUCUACUCCGGGCAUAAUCACAGCUGCCUGCUGUACCUCGGCAGCAUUCUGGUGGAUGAGUUCGCCGUCGAGGAAGGUUGCACGCAGGGGCUUCUCAACAUGCUCCAGGCGUUCAUCGAACCGACCUUCGGCGUGCUACAGAUGGAGAACGGUCUCAAGAACCACCCGGACAUGGUGGAUGACUUCUUCCGCCUUGCGUCCCGCUUCAUUCAACGUGCACCCCUACCGUUCCUCCAGUCUCCGCUCGUCACUCCCAUCAUCCAGUGCGGCCUGCUGGCCUGUACGCUCGACCACCGGGACGCGAACGUUUCUGUGAUGCGCUUCUUCUGCUCGCUGCUGCGCCACGAGAAGGCGAGCGAUUUGCAGCCCAUCGUGCAGUCGAUACUGCUGUCGCACGGCGAGGCACUCAUCAUGAACCUGCUGUACGCGUCCGUGUUCUGCCUCCACUCGUACAUGCUGACCGACGUGGCCGAGGUGUUCGUCGAGAUCAAGCAGCACAGCCCGCAGCAGCUCGAGGAGUACGUGAAGAAGGCGGUCGAUUCGCUGCCGAAGAAGAACAGCGGCGGCUCGGUGACGGUGACACACGAGCAGAUGGUCAAGUUUGUGACCGAUGUCGUCCGCUCCAAAACCGCGCGUGCCACUACGCAAGCACUGCAAGACUUUGCCCGACUCUACCGAUAAACGCCACGCGAGUAGCAGCAGGAGUAUAGACCCAUUUGGCAAAGAUCUUGGCACGUUCAGCCUAUAACUAGUUCAACUGUGACUACACUGGCGGCUGCGAUAUACAUAUAUACACCCUUCGACGACACCGCACACGCGGAACCAGCGCACUUUGUACAUAGAGACAUUAUUACAUUCAGUUUUAGUGCAGCCGCUGCAGAUAGAUUCUUUCCCGUACUGAUAAAGUAGGGCGUGCGAAUGUGUGUACGUGUGAGUGUUUGUUAUCAAAGGAACAAACAACGGAUGUGAUGUGUUUGGGCCCAUGCUACCGGGUGUCCAUCAUCGCGUGAAGCGUCCAAAUCGGUCAUCCGAUGCGAUUUUCUCCCCUUGCGAACUCGAUCAAACCGGCAGUACCCUUCGAAGCAGAGGGUACGUCGUCGACGCCGUGUUGUUUAGUAAUAUUAUUCACAGAGUUUCCCAAAGUAGUAUCGUCUAGCCGCAUCGUGUUUUUUUUUGGCACGGGGAAAUGGCAUUUUUAAUCUGAACCACUAGCAACGCGCAACAAUUAUCACAUAAGUGCAGCCCGAUUUCGUCUGUGGUAAGGUUUCUAUGGACUAAGCAUCUAAAUUUGUUAUAAUAAAACAUUUAAAUUUUGUGCACGAUUAUGAUAAGAUACAACGUCAAAAGGAUCAGUUUAAUUUUGCAUUUCUGUGAUAAUUGGGGCCCGUUGUAUGUGCGCCUUUCCGUGCGCCUUUUUAAAAUGUGAUGUGGCUAUGAGCGCUGCGCUACUUUACCGGGAAUGGCUGUAAAGGCAAAGUGGAAAGUUUGUAAAUUUGUGCGAUACUCGCACCCAAGAUAUUAAUGAAAACAAAAAAAAACAUUUAAAUAAUUAACUAUUUCCAAUGCAAAACGUUAUCGACGCGAUGGUAAUGUGGUGUAGAAGAAAAACAUUGCGAACCUUACUGUGUCCUUCUGGGCUCUGCCGGGAGCCCUCCCAUCAUCUCACCUGUUCGUUUCGACAUCCCUACGUUUUCCGGUUACUUCCCCCUUGGACCUACGACAACACGACUUGUUGGCCAGAUCACAAAAGGAAGGAGAAUGUUUUAUGUUGACACCCGAUACGCAUUAAAAAGGAUUACACCUAAACGACAACGCCGCAACAACUGUUGAAGUACGCCCGUUUAGUUUUGUACACUGAAAA